AUGGUUUCCCCCCUCUUUUAUCUGCUCACUCUGACUCUCCUUCUCUCCUGUUCUCGCGCCCUGCGGCAGGGAACUAUUGGCCCUGUGGGGGACCUCGUCAUCUCCAAUGGAAACGUCAAUCCCGAUGGCUUUGAACGCCUCGCUGCAUUAGCAAACUCGCAGAUAGAUGGCACCCUCAUUAGAGGAAACAAGGGCGAUACAUUCAAAAUCAAUGUCGUCAAUCGGCUCAAUAACAACACUAUAUUGCAGAGCACUUCUAUCCACUGGCACGGACUCUUCCAGAAAGGUACUGGCUGGGCUGACGGUCCAGCCUUUGUGGACCAGUGCCCUAUCGUGAAAGGAGACUCGUUCCUAUACACUUUCAAUCCUAUUAACCAAGCGGGAACAUUCUGGUACCACUCUCAUUUGGCUACUCAAUACUGUGACGGCCUUCGCGGGCCUUUGGUCAUCUAUGACCCCAACGAUCCACAUGCCGACCUAUACGAUGUUGAUGAUGAUAGUACUAGUAUCUUGACGUUGUCGGACUGGUAUCACACACCUGCCAAACAAUUGACUUUCCCUACUCUGGACGCAGUGCUCAUCAACGGAAUGGGACGAUGGAGCGGAAAUCCAACGCAUGAUUUAGCCGUCGUAAACGUCACUCAAGGAACACGAUAUCGCAUUCGGAUGGUCAAUAUCGGAUGUGACGCGGCGUAUACCGUCUCUAUUGACAGUCACUUGAUGACAAUUAUCGAAGCAGAUGGUGUGAAUCUCGUCCCGUACACUGUCGAUGGAAUCCAAAUCUUUGCAGCUCAGCGAUACUCGUUUGUCCUAAACGCGAAUCAGCCGAUUGGUAACUACUGGAUCCGCGCCAACCCCAGCGUUGGUACACAGGGUUUUAGUGGCGGUAUCAACUCUGCUAUCCUCCGAUAUAACGGAGCCAAUAAUGUAGAACCCGACAUUUUAAAUAUCACGAGUGUACUGAGCAUGAAUGAGACCCAGAUGACGCCUCUUGAGAAUCCAGGAGCCCCCGGAUCACCUGAAAUCGGAGGCGUCGACGUCGCCCUUAAUCUAGUCUUCGCCUUUACGAGCGCCGGAACGUUCACAAUCAAUGGCGUCCAAUUUAUUCCCCCGACAACUCCAGUCCUUUUGCAGAUUUUAAGUGGUGCGGAGAAUGUUAAUGAUAUUCUUCCCGAGGGCUCUAUCUACGCUCUGCCGCUGAAUUCUACAAUCGAAAUUUCUAUGCCAGGCGGUGUCAUUGGUGGAGGGCAUCCGUUCCAUCUGCAUGGGCACAACUUCGACGUCGUCCGAAGUGCUGGUAGUACCGUGUACAACUAUGUGAAUCCUGUGAGGCGGGACGUUGUUAAUAUCGGCACCACGGGAGACAAUGUUACGAUCCGGUUCACCACCGAUAAUCCUGGACCUUGGUUCCUUCACUGUCACAUUGAUUGGCACUUGCAGGCCGGAUUCGCCAUUGUGUUUGCAGAAGCUACGGAAAGAUGGAACUCCACCAUCCAUCCUACUGGUCAAUGGGAUGAUCUCUGCCCCACAUACGACGCCACGCCCAGUGAAGAUCUUUAAGAUAGUCCUGCGUUCCGCGGCGAUGUUACAUAUUUGAAUUUACG